AUGGAAAAAUCGAUGUUACGCCAGCGCUCGCUUCUCCGGGCAUGGAAGCAAGCCGGAGAUCAGCCGCAAUACCUUCGGCAUCUCCCCGAUGCUGCGUCUUUCCAUCUUGGUGAAAUUGUUCUCAAGCUUUCGGGGUCGAUUAACUCGGUUGCAGAUCGCAGUUUCGACACUACCGGAUCCGGUUCGGAUUCUCUACUCAAUACGGUCCGCCGUCGAUUGCAUAAGGAAACAGAGAGUAGGGUGGGCAAAGCUUCCUUUGUUUACGCGGACCAGUUAAUGCAGAAACCAAAUCCGAGAUCUGAAUGUUCUGGUUUUGGUAUCUCCCUCAUCAAAGAUAAUCAAUCAGACUGGAUUGGAUACGAUGAUUAA